AUGUGGGAAAUAUUCCUGCUAACCUUAAUCCUGCUACUAGCCCUCGUGAUUAAUCGGGUGAAGAAUCAUUACAAAUAUUGGCAAAAAUUGGAAAUACCCUGUGGUGAAACUCAUUGGAUAUUUGGCAGUAUGGUUGGAGUGGUGUCGAAGCGGACCUUUUUCGAUUUGUGGCUGGAAUACUACAACAGGUUCAAGGGUAGCGGACCCUUUGCUGGGUUCUUUUGGUUUUUCAAACGUGCUGUCUUCAUUAUGGACCCCGGGCUUAUUAAACAAAUUUUAAUCAAAGACUUUGAUAAAUUUAUGGAUCGCGGUUUAUUCUACAAUGAAAUCGAUGAUCCGCUAUCGGCUCAUUUAUUUUCAAUGCAUGGACAAAAAUGGCGCAAUUUGCGGAAUAAAUUAUCUCCCACUUUUACGUCGGGAAAAAUGAAGACAAUGUUUCCCACUGUGGUCCAGGUGGGUAGGGAAUUAGUUGAUGUCCUUCGAAGUGAUAUUCCAAAAGAUCCCGAAAUUGAAAUUCGCAGUCUGAUGGCCCGUUACACCACCGAUGUCAUUGGUUACUGUGCCUUUGGCAUAGAAUGCUGCAGCUUGAAGGAUCCCGAACAACUUUUCUAUAUUAUGAGCAAGAGAGCAUUGCUGGAGAAUAAUUUGGGCUCGCUGGGAGUGGCUUUUCGUGGCAGUUUCCCGAAAUUGGCAAGGCGACUGCAUAUGAAAGACACAGUGGCCGAUGUGGAGAAUUUCUUUUUGGGAACGGUACGAGAAACUGUCCGAUAUCGGGAGGAGAAUUCGGUACAGCGUACUGAUUUUAUGAAUUUACUAUUGGAAUUGAAAAAUAAUCGGGUGCUGAAAAAUGAGCGGGGUGAUGAUUUUGUUAAUUUGACUUUCAAUGAAAUUGCGGCCCAUGCAUUUCUGUUUUUGGUCGCCGGUUCGGAGACUUCGUCGAAUACUAUGGUAUUUGCUUUGUACGAAUUGGCCAAGAAUGUGGAGGUUCAGGAGAGAGCACGUGACGAAGUGAGGAAGGUCUUCGAGGCAUGUAACCAAGAGAUGGGCUAUGAGACAAUGCGAGAAAUGAAAUAUUUGAAGCAGGUUAUCGAUGAAACCCUACGCCUGCACACUCCUCUGCCUGUGUUGAAUCGCCAAGCCUUGGAAGAUUAUCCCAUCCCAGGUCAUCCAAAAUAUAUUAUACGCAAGGAUAUGCCAGUUAUAAUCCCCGCCAUUUGUAUACAUCGUGAUGAGCAGUAUUAUCCGAAUCCAGAUAAUUUUAAUCCUGACAACUUUACACCGGAACAAAUUGCCCUCCGAGAUCCUGUACUCUAUUUACCUUUCGGUGAUGGGCCACGUAAUUGCAUCGGUCUGCGGUUUGCCAAAAUGCAAAUGAUGGUCGGUUUAAGUUUACUUUUAAGUAAAUUUAAAUUCGAGCUAUGCUCAAGGACCCCAGUACCAAUGAAAUAUGAUAAGGAGAAUUUUAUGUUGACACCGGAUGGUGAUUUGUUUUUGAAGGUGUCGGAGAUUUAG